AUGCAAACCGAAGAAUUUAAAACGACAAAAUUAUGGGAUAAAGUGCAAAAUGCUAUAACAACAUUACAAACAACGCCAGACUCAAUACCACAAAUACGGUUUGCAAUAUCGAAGGUACGUGCAGCAUUUCAUGAUUACCAUAUGUCUAUAGUCUCGUACAUAGAUUAUCUUGUACGUGUGGGCACGCUAGAAUGUAUUGAAGAGCGAGAGAAAAUAGAAGACAUUCUUGAUUAUCAUAAACAUUAUGUUGACACUGUGGUCGCGGAAGGUAAUGAACGAAAGAAGGAACUAACCGCUGAAAUGGGUUCUGCUCGCCUAAGUUCUCGCGCAUCUUCUCGCGCAUCGUCAGCCUCGUCGGCCGCAUUACGUGCGCAAGCAAGAGGCGAUGCUGCAGCAGCUAUAAAGAAAGCAGAAUUGGAAAAGAAACGAAAUGAAAUUGAGUCGCAAUUAGCGUUACAAAUACAACAGGAAUUAGCAUUGUCGCGCCAAAAAAUAAACGAAAAAGCCCAGUUAGAAAGUCACCGCGAAAGUCACCGCUAUAGAGAAUGA